AUGGCACGCAAGCGGCGCUGCGCCGAGGAUGCCUCCCCGGAGGCCGGAAGGCGAGGCCGACGGCAUGUUGGACUUGGAGCAGUCAUACUGGAAAACUUGGGCUACUCCGGAAACGACGAUGAAGGCCAGGAAGCCAAGGCCGCAAAGCUCGAUGCCUUUGCAGCUCCAGAGGGCGCGGAGCGCGCAAGCCCAGAUGAGGCGCCCAGGAAGCGCCGGCCGCGCAAGGAGAAGCGUCUCCCAGAGGGCGCAGACGCUGCAAGCGGAGAUGAGGCGCCCAGGAAGCGCCGGCCUCGAAAGCCCCGGGCUCCGGAUGCUGAGGAAGAGCAGUCGCAGGGCGAUCGCGGCGCCGCGCCGAAGGGGCAGAGACGAGCCCAGAGGACCAAAGCGGCGGAGUUUGGCGAGGAGGAGGAACCUGACGAGGCGUCUGUAGUCGCGUGGAAGCGCCUCCUCGCGGCGCGAGCCGAGGGCGAAGACUGGCGCUUGGCUUUCUCCCUGCGGCCCAUGCUUCCGCAGGAGCUACGCCAGCUGGGCCCAGAAAGCUUCCUUGGCAAGAAGAAAGAGCUGGGUGCGCAGCCUUUGUUCAACCGCGAGGGCAAGGUGAACCUCCAGUUUCUCCUUGCCAGCUACAAGGCGUCAGAAAAGCGCCGUUCGGAAGACAAGGAUGCAUCGAACCCUCACCAUCCGUUCCUGCUCUGGUUGGUGAAGCAGGCGCGCCAGCUGCGGCUGCUGAGCAGCAGGGAGGUGAAGCGGGGGCAGAUCCCCAAACACCGUCUGGAGCAGGCGAAAACCAAUGGCUACAGCCUCGCAGAUGGAGCCAAUUUGGCGCAGGCGUCCGACGAUGAAGAGCGAAAUCGUCAGAAGGAAGCCGAGCAGGAAAGGCUGGAGAAGCAGGCGAGCGCAGACAUUCUGCACCGUGAAGUACCAUUCCCAGAGCGAGAGCAAGUCGGCAGUCAGUCGCUGGCUGAGUCAUCCGAGCGCUUGCGGCAGCAGCUGCGAAACCAAGCGGAGCUGAGGAAGGCGAGCGGCUUGGCAUGUGCGGUGCUUCGAGUUUCAGUGCAUGAUUUCGUCAAAGCCUACAAAGAGGACAACAGGGACUCCCGACGCAUGGACAUGCCGCAUCGCCAGGAAAAGAUAAAAGCCCACUCCAGCAACGGCCAGGAUCUCCAGUCAAUGUCUUCAGUUCUCAGCGCACCAUCCCUUUCGUUCGACUGGGUUGAGCCGGAGUCCGACGAGGAAAACAACCCCAACGGCACGUUGCAGGUUGACCUGCCUCCCAGCGCAAAGAGCUCCGAGUCGCGGCGCGAGUUGCUGCGGGAGACCAUCCAGCGUUCUGUGUCCUUCAAGCAGGCCGAAGUCCUCAAUUCCAAGGCAAAUCGUGCAUUGUCCGCAUCGCUGUCGGCAUCCAGCGCGAAGUCCUCCCGGCUGGCGGAGGCGGACAAGCUGGCGGACAAGCUGGCAGAAAAGCUCAAAGCGAAGUCCAAGGAAGGCGAUGCUCCGGUGCAUCCACAGGGUGAAGGAUCAGCUACAGCGGCGGCCGCGGUGACGCCGCCACAAGGAGCAGGCAACUCAGCAGAAGCAUCAGGCCCAGCUGCGGAGACCUCCACCACGGCAGACUCUAUCCCAGCCGAAGCAUCAGGUCCAGCUGUGGAAACCUCCGUCACAGAGCGCUGUAUCCCCGCAGUAGCAUCAGGCCCAGCUGCGGAGACCUCCGCCACGGUGGGCUCUCUCCCGGCAGAAGCAUCAGGCCCGGCUGUGGAGACCACCUCUGCAGAGGACUCUAUCCCAGCGCAAGGCCCGGCUGGGGAGAUCUCCGCCGCAGAGGCCUCUGUCCUGGAAGGAGCAGCAGGUGACCUGGAGAUCAGCGCGACUUUGCCCUUUGAAGUCGAUCUGGAGCCAGGUGCGCAGGCGGCGCCAACCGAUGCAGACAUCUCUGCGACCCUCCCCUUCGACGUUUUGCUGGAGGCUCCAGCGAACGACGAGGCUGGUGACGAGAUGCAGGAACGUGCGGGUCAAGCACAACCACCGGUGACUACAGAGGCGAGUGACGCUCUCUUGGAGGCCGAGGACCAGACACACACCUCCAGCGAGGAGGAUGCGGAAGACUUGCCGGCCGCGCAGCGCCGGGAGCGCGCCUGGCUCCGGCACCUGAAGCAGAAACGACGGGAGGAGGACAAAGAGAAUCAGAAGGUGCAGAAGUCCAAAGCCAAGGCGGGCCGCGGGAAAAUGACAUCGCCGGAGGACGAGGAGGACGAACUCUUCCUUGGCAAUCGAGGGAACAGGCAGCGUGGUGACAGAAACAGGCCAAACCUGCUGUUGGGAGCCCGCGUUCCCAGAAGGCAAGCCUGA